GAAGCAUUGCAUUCCAGAAACCACGGUUACCUUCUUUGGAUUGCUACAAAUCUACAUAUUGUACGCUCAUUUCUUAAAAGGGAAUGGUCCUUUGCAUUUGAUUCUCCAUUCAGAUCAAUGGGGUUCUCUUAUUUCUUCCUCGGGUUUCUUCUCCUUUUCAUGCUCAUCUUUCCCAAUUUUUUAACGGUGCUUGCAUUCACGGGAACAUAUGGAGUGAAUUAUGGCAGGAUUGCCGACAAUAUCCCUCAACCUGAAAGUGUAGUGACACUUCUGAAGGCAGCAAAGAUUAAGAAUAUCAGAAUUUAUGAUGCUAGUCAUGAAGUCCUCACUGCCUUCAAAGGGUCCGGCAUUGAAAUAGUGGUCGGAGUGGGGAAUGAGUAUUUGGAAGAGAUGAGCGUGAAUGAGGUUCGUGCCAUGGAUUGGGUGAAAGAAAAUGUGCAGCCAUUCCUCCCCAAAACUAGCAUUAGAGGGAUUGCUGUGGGGAAUGAGAUCCUGGGGAGUACUGAUCCGGAACUCUGGGAGGUUUUGGUGGGUGCUGUCAAAAAUGUGUACAAUGCCCUUGACCGACUCGACCUAAGUAAAGUAGUGGAGGUCUCGUCCCCACAUUCAGAGGCUGUAUUCGCUAAUUCCUUCCCUCCUUCUGCAUGUGUAUUUAAGGAGAGUAUUCUUCCAUACAUGAAACCUCUUCUGCAGUUCUUUUCACAAAUUGGUUCACCUUUCUAUAUUAAUGCUUACCCAUUUCUCGCCUAUAUGAGUGAUCCCGAACACAUUGACAUUAACUAUGCUCUUUUCCAGUCAAAUCCUGGGAUUUAUGAUGCGAAAACUAAAUUGCAUUACUACAACAUGUUUGAGGCUCAAGUUGAUGCGGCUUAUGCUGCUUUGGAGAAAGUUGGUUUUGAGAAGAUGGAUGUCAUUGUUUCGGAAACUGGUUGGGCUUCUCGUGGGGAUGAAAGUGAAGCAGGGGCCACUGUAAAAAAUGCAAGGACUUACAAUUAUAAUUUGAAGAAACUGUUGGCAAAAAAGAAGGGGACCCCUUACAGGCCUAAAAAAGUGAUUAAGGCAUAUGUUUUUGCCUUGUUUAAUGAGAACUUGAAGCCUGGGCCGACCUCUGAAAGAAAUUUUGGACUUUUUAAAGCUGAUGGGAGCAUUGCAUAUGAUAUUGGAUUUACUGGACUUGUACCUUCCUCUGCAGUGUCAUCUCGUCUCUCCUCAAAGGAUAUUGGUCUACAAGGGUGGUUUGGGUCAUUUUACUCGUUGCUUUACACGACUUGUGCUGCAGUUCUGCUUUUGAUUUUGAUGUCUUGACUGGCCAUAGCUUCAAGCUCUCAUUGUCCCCAUUCUAUUGAUGCAGAAUCAGUUCAUAGGAGCACUCGGAAGUUCUUAAAUGUGCACAAAUCAUUGUAAAGGAACAUGGUAUUGAUUCAUUAUUAUUAUUGUAUUUACCAACGCAUUCCUGAAAUACUUGA